AUUGAGACUUAUUUGCCUGCAAGAUGCUAAGUUUCACCCGAAAGAAAUAUGGAGGGGGUGAACGUGGGCGGUGAGACACGGUCCCAUCAGCGGCCGGCGUGUAGAGGAGCAUUGAGGCUAAGUAAGCUUCUCUACUGCAUCUCCGUGGUUUCUCAAACGGCGCAAGCUGUCAGAAGCGUACAAGAUGGCUCUUCUACCACAACCCCAUCGUCUUCGAUUCCGCUUCUGGGAGAGCGUGGCCGGCAGUUGCCUGUUCCUCUCACCCCGUUAACCGCGACUAUCUCUCAAGUCGGCACAAAUGGCGGAGGCAUCGCGGUGCAGGCUCAAACGAACGGUGGUUCUCAGAGGAGGGACAAAGAGGGUAAUUCCACAGAAAGUCACCGAAGAAACGGCGACUCGCCUUCUGAGUUUAGUUUUUGCGAAGUGCAGCACUCCCGUCUCAGCACUGGGGGGUCAGCUACGUUCCCAACAUCUGUAGAAUCAGCGUCAGGAUCUCCUGCCACGUCUGCUGAUUUGCCUACAGAAUUUGUCUUUGUCCUUCACAGACAUGGGGCCCGUUCAUCAUCUUCAUAUGCUUCGUCCACGCCCCGAUACGGAGGCACACAACCUGGGCAGCUUCUGCCCUUAGGUGCGACGCAGCUCCGCGACUCUGGCUUGGAGCUCAGGCGGCGUCUUCUGUCAACGUUUAUCAAAACCCGCAGUGACUCACUUUCUCGCGAAACCACACAUCGGCUGACGCGGACAGAGCCAACUUCGUUUUCCUCAGAUGCAAGAAAUUACAGUAUACAACAGAAAAAACCUGGCGCGUCACCCCGUGUAGUCAAUGGGCACCUCGACAGUAACGGGUUAACACCCAAGGAGCCGAGGGGAUUAACCGGAGAGAACAAACUGCCUGGCAUGCCGGCGAACGUGGCAACGGGUCUUUCGAGUAAAAGUGUGCCGCUGGAUUCCGAUGACAUGCUUUGGUGUCUUGCUGAGGCCGAUAAGGUGACAGACUGUGGCCCGCACACAUACGGACUGUCCGCCCUCCUUCAGCUGCUGCCCCCGCCCAGCGUGUUAGUCAGAGCCACGGCGUACCCUCGGACAAAGUGGAGCGCUUUGGCAUUUCUAGAAGGCCUCUACGGCCUUCCUCGUGGGUGUUUCGUCUCUCCAGAUGAUCUUGCCCGCACCGAAGGGAAGAAAAGUGGGGAACCUUGGUGUGUGACACGAACUGUAUGCGCCGACGUAGUGGGUACCCGUCUGACCCAGCCGACCAGCACUGGUUUCACCGGCCUUUCAGCGAACAACGUUGCUGCUGAUGAGUUUGCCGGUGAAGCACAACGGUGUGUUGAGUUUACGGUGCCCUGCGUCAUGGCCGCACCGGCUGCUUCUGACGGACUCCUCAAGGGGAUGAUAUCCUCAGAUGCCCCUCCUGAAGUAUGGAAACUGUACGGGGAUAUCAAGGCGAAACCGGCAUGGAUACAUAAGGUAGGGGAACUAGACAAGGUUCUGCGGAUAGCCGCCGAAGUAUUUGGAGACAAAGCUGUAGGCGAAAUGGGAUGGAUUGUUGGAGAAAUGCUUGUUUCCGAAGAAGCAGCUGGCGAACAAGUGCCGCUAAAGAAGUUAAGCGACUGGUUUGCGAGCCGCAAAGAAGGGGGACAUCUGGAGGAAACGGGGCUAGCACAAAGUGUGGGUGGCUCACAGUCUGCGGAGGGAGGAAAUUCAAAGCCUUCCGAGACGCACACUAGCCGCAUCGGGCAGAGACUUUCAGCGCACGUGGCUGGUGCUGGCGACGCCGGUGACUACAUCAAGACCUAUCGCGACGCCAUUGGAGGCAUUCGAGAGGCAUUUAGGGCGGGUUUUGAUCUAGUGUAUGCUGACAAGAAACUGAGUAGAUACAUUGCGCAAGGGUGUGUGCGUUUGCUUAAUGCCUUUCUUCGGGCCAAAGCGUAUGGCCGCCCGACAGACAUCGAAGAGCUCCGUCGGGCAGCUGCUGAAGUUGGUGGCUUCGAGGGGUUCCUGCGUCCGGAACCGGCAGUGGGAACCGACGAGAAGAACGCCGGGAGCGGUGGGGAGUUUCAUUUCAGCUCUCGUAGCGAAGGCGAUGACCGGUUUUUACAACAGGUCCAGAACUUAAUGGUGAUGCUUCUGAGUCUGCACGACCACAGUAUCAUUGGUUUUUUAGCCAGUCUUGGGGUUUACGACCAUUCGAUCAUUCCUCCUGGCGCGCGAGUCGUCGUGGAACUCGUACGCAUGGGCAGUCCAAUGCAGGCAACCCCAGGCGCGACCCACGACGCCGAAAAUGCGUUACAGCGCGAGGCACCGUUUGCAGGCGAAAGGGGCCCAGGCACUAUCCCGAAAAAAGUACCUGACGCUGUACGCCAUGAGAAGAGUAAGCGAGAGCAGCAACCAUCCACGCGCAUCACUGAUGUGGCGGCAGCCACCACAACCCGCGUGGCAAGCGCUAAGUCAAGUCAUGACCUGCCCUCCUCUGACGGACUGUCUACACAGGGACGCCCAGACUGGUCACCGUCGGGAUUUUUCGUGCGAGUUUUAUAUGGCGAGCCAGAACGCCCAAUGCGCGAGGUAGCGUUGCCCUUUUGUGCAGAAGAGUUCACUUUUGGCGGCAGAGUGUUUAGAAGCCUUUGUCCACUUGAUAUAUGGUUAAGGCGGACGUAUGAAGCACUGGACCGCUGACUCCAACAGUUCUAAGCAUUCAGCUCCAUCUCGUUUGUUGGGUACUCGCCGUGGGGCCGUGCGACACAGUAUAUAUCGGUUCUCUUCUCGUAGUGUGGUGAAGUGCAAUUCUUCUCGAGAAAGCUAACCCGACACAAACCUCAUUCGACUGUCGCAUCUUCCGUGUGCGCAGCGUGGUGAAUCUCACCAGGUC